GGCAUGGCAGAGAUGCGGUCGGGGCUGCCAACCGGGCUGCAGCUCAGCGCGCUGCCGGACCACUCGUCUCUGCUGCAGCCCAGCCUGGCGGAGCUGCGGCGCCGAGCCCGGGAGGAGGGCACCUGGUUCGCGCCGCUGCCGCUCACCGAUUCCUUUCUACUUCGAUUCCUGCGCGCCCGGGAUUUUGACCUGGACCUGGCCUGGCGGUUACUAAAAAACUAUUAUAAAUGGAGAGCAGAAUGUCCAGAACUAAGCGCAGAUCUUCAUCCUGGAAGUAUCCUUGGACUUUUGAAGGCUGGCUACCAUGGAGUUCUGAGAUCCAGGGAUCCCACUGGCAGCAAAGUUCUUAUUUACAGAAUUGCACAAUGGGACCCAAAAGUUUUUACAGCUUAUGAUGUAUUUCGUGUAAGUCUAAUUACAUCUGAGCUUAUUGUACAGGAAGUAGAAACACAACGGAAUGGAGUCAAGGCUAUAUUUGAUCUGGAAGGUUGGCAAUUUUCUCAUGCGUUUCAAAUUACCCCAUCUGUAGCCAAGAAGAUUGCUGCUGUACUUACUGACUCCUUUCCAUUGAAAGUUCGUGGCAUCCAUUUGAUAAAUGAGCCAGUAAUUUUUCAUGCUGUCUUUUCCAUGAUUAAACCAUUCCUGACUGAAAAGAUUAAGGAGCGAAUUCACAUGCAUGGGAACAAUUACAAACAAAGCCUACUUCAGUAUUUUCCUGACAUUCUUCCUCUGGAAUAUGGUGGUGAAGAACUCUCCAUGGAGGACAUUUGUCAAGAGUGGACAAAUUUUAUAAUGAAGUCUGAAGAUUAUCUCAGCAGCAUUUCUGAGACCAUUCAAUGAGAAGAAGCUAUUUCAUAUGAGUGGCUUCCUCAUAAAAAUAUGUGAGAGAGAUCCUAUCUGAUUACAUAAUGAAAGA